AUGCUAAAUACUCCUAAUUGGAGAUCUGAAUGGGAUAAAGAACUACGCCUCAUUCCUCAAGUUGAAUCAGUAACAAGUUUAGAUUUACAAUUAACAGAAAAUAUAUUUAUCAUAUGGCAGUUUUUAAAACUUUAUCAAUCAUGUAGCCCACAAAUAAGGAGUAUUUUAGAUUUCUUAGCAGGAAAAAAACCUGAAUCAUUGCAAUGGGGAGCACAUAUUGAUGAUAUAAUGUCUAGAGGGAUAAAUAAAGGAAAUCAAUUAUUUAAUGCAUUAGUUUCUCAUGGAAAAAAAAUUCAAUUAAGAUAUUCAAAAAAAAAAUUAAGUGAUACUCUACAAUAUUAUCACAUAAAAAAUUAUAUAAUUUUAGAAAAAAUAAAUACGGGAUCAGUUGGCCAAGUUCAUUUGGCCUUAGAUAAAAUAACAGGUAUUUUUGUUGCUGCAAAAGCUAUUGAUAAAUCAACAGCACAAGGAGAUUUAGGUCUAUUUCAAAAAUUAAAAGAAGAAAUCAAAGUAUCCUGUAAAAUGAAUCAUCCAUGUGUUGUUAAAACAAUAAAUAUAUUAGAAACAAAAGAUAAAAUUAUUCAAAUAAUGGAGUAUUGUGAUGGUGGUGAUUUAAUAUCAUACGUUAGAAAUAAAUUGCAUUUAGAUGAAUCUAGUGCACAAUAUUUUUUUAAAAAAAUUGUUGAAGGAUUAAAAUAUAUACACCAAAAUAAUAUAGCUCAUAGAGAUUUAAAACCUGAAAAUAUAUUUUUAUGUAAAAAACAAUUAACUCAAAAAGAAAAAACAUUAAUUAGAAUAGGAAAAUUACCAUCCUGUUCAGAAUAUGAUUUAAAAAUUGGAGAUUUCGGUGCAUGUUGUUUUAAUGAAAAAAAUAAAUUACAUUAUGAUAUUGUUGGAACUUUGAGCUAUGCUGCACCAGAAGUUCUGGGUUGUAAUAAUAUAAAUGGAUAUGAUGGAAAAAAAGCAGAUAUAUGGAGUUUAGGUAUAAUUUUAUAUGCCAUGUUUUUUGGUUUACUACCUUUUGAUAACGAAGAUAAAGAAAUUAAAGAAGCUUAUAAUGAAAUUAUAAAGAAUAAAAUUAUUUAUCCCAAAAAUAGAGUUAAUAAAUUUUCUACAAAUGCUAAAAAUUUAUUAUCAGGAAUGCUUAAUAUCAAUCCAAUGAACCGUUUAUCACUUGAUGAAAUUAUUAAUCAUGAAUGGCUAUCUGACACUGCUAAAAAUAAACUAGAGAUAUCUUACAUAAAUAAAAAAAUCAACUUUCCUUUAUCAUCAACUGUUGCUUGUCCUAUAUAUAGUAAUAAAAAUAUUUUAGAUUAUAAUAUCUAUAAAAAAUUAGCUUUAAUGAAUAACAACAAUAAUAUUAAUAAUAACAUUAAAAUCAAUAAUAAAAAAAUUAAUAAUAGUAAUAAUAAUUACCAUAUUAAUAAUAACUAUAAUAAUAAUAAUAAGGAUAACAAUAACAAGGAGAAUAACAGUAAUAAUAAUAAGAAUGAUAAUGAUAAUAAGAAAGGUUAUCUUUGUGAAUAUUCAUCUAUUUUAAAUAAAAAUAAUGAUUUAUAUAUUUACGACAAAAAAGAACUGUUACAUAAUAAUUUAAAACAUUGUAAUGUGGAUAAGGUAAACAAAGAAAAUAAAAAAUUUUCAGACAUUAUAUUUACAUAUAAGAAAAAUAUCACUGAAAUAGAUAAUAAAACAAAACAAAAAAAUUUUAACUAUAAUUCUUUAAAUAGUAAAAUAGAACUUACAAAUACAGAGAAAAAUAAUAUCUACGAAGAAAAUAAUUAUUUAGAAAAAUUAACAAUGGAAAAUAAGUAUGCAGAUGACAAAUAUAAAUUAUUUGAGAAAUUUAACAGUCCUAAAUAUCCAAACGAUGACAAUUAUAUUUACGAUGUAUACUUUAAUAGAAAUAAUUUUUAUAUUGAUAAAAAUAAUAAAUUGAAUAGAAAUGAUAAAAUUUUAAUAAAUAAUAAUACUUACGAAAAUAUCUAUUUCUUAAAAAAUUAUGAUGUUAAUUUACCCAAUGAUUAUAAAGAUAUAAUUUUAAAAAAUUAUAAUAACUAUCAUCAUCUAAUUAAUACAUAUAAAGACAAUAAUGCAUAUAAAAUUAAGUAUUUACAUAAUACAAAUUACUCUAAUAAUACUACCAAUAAUAGUAUAUCUUCAGAAAAUAUUAUUUCAUUAAAUAGUAGUAGCAUAUAUAAUUUAAACGAAAAAAAUAUUUCGCAAAAUGAUAUUUCUUCCAACAUUCAUCCAGAUUAUAAUAAAAUUCACUACAAAUAUUAUUAUUAUGAUAAAAAUAAUAUGUAUAUUGAAUAUUUACUCAAUAGAAAUAAUUUUUCUAAUAAUAUAUAUUCUCAUGUUUUACCAGAAAAGCAAGUAGCUUCAUUUGAUAAUGAUAAUUUGAGAUAUUUUAAAAAUGAUACUUAUAGAAGAGGAAUUUCUGAUUACAUGAAUUCUAAUAAUUUUAAUUAUAAAGUAUGCCCACAUAUGAAAAAUGAGAAUUCUCUUUUAAAAAAUUAUGAAAAACAAAUUAAAAUUAGUUGCUUUAAUAAUGAACAUUAUAAGAACACUUUAAUAAACUCAAAUAAAUUCGUAAAAGAAACAAAUGGAAAACAAGAUGAAAAAAUAAAUAAAAAAAAUAGCUUAAAACUUGGUAAAAAUGAACAAAACAAUUUGAACAAUGGCAGCAUUUUAAUUGGAAAAGAAAAUGCAGAUAGGAAAAUAAAUAAACAAUUAAAAUAUACUGAUGAAAAAAAUGAUAUAAAUGAAAAUAAACAUGCUAAUGUUAAUUCUAGCUUCUCAGAUAAAUCGAAUUUUUAUGGAAAUUCUAAAUUAAACUCAUCAGUUGACAAGAACGACAUACCAAUAAAAAUAGAUUCUACCAAUUUAAAAAAAAAAGACACAUAUAUUAUUAAAAAGGAUGCAAAUCAUGAAGAAUGUAACAAAAAUUUUUAUAAUUCAAAACAUUCAACAAAAAUUGUAAACAUUGAAGAAAUUAUAUUUAAUAAAAUAAAUAAUUCUCAAAUAAAAAACGAUAAAAUUAAAGAUGAUAUAAGAAAAGAAAAUAAGUUAAAUCAUGAAUUUUUUAAUGAAAACAAUAGUAUUAACAAAAAAAAUAUUGAAGUUGAACCCUCAAAAAUAGAAAAAAGCGAAUAUAUGCAUGAAAUACUUGAGAGUGAAACGUAUAUCAAUGAAGAAACAGAAAAGAUAAAUUUUACAGAUAAUAAUCAAUAUAACAAAAUUCAUUCGAACAAUAAAAUUAAAAAUAGUAAUAUAACAAAUAUAAGUAAUGAUAAAUUUAAUAAUGAUAAAUUUAGUAAUGAUAAAUUUAAUAAUGAUAAAUUUAAUAAUGAUAAAUUUAGUAAUGAUAAAUUUAGUAAUGAUAAAUUUAGUAAUGAUGUUUUACUUUCUAUAAGAAAAAAGGAUUCAAUAAAUAAUAAUCAAAAAGUCACUAACACAAUAAACUGUGAAGAUAAAAUUAAAAGUGCAUCAAAUAGUAAAGAUUCAUAUAAAAGUAAUAAUAAAAUUCUAAAAGAAAAUGAUUACUUUAAAUUCAAUGAAAAAAUAAAUAAUGAAAUAAAUCUGACUUCUAUUAAAAAAGAAGAAAGAUAUCAUGAAAAGUGUCCAGUUCUUAAUACAGAUAACAGUAAUAAUAAUGAAGAAAAAAAAAAAAAAAAAAAAAAAAAAAAAAAUGAAAUACUUGAAAGUAUUAAUGACAUAAAUUCAAUAAAAUAUAAUUAUACAGAUAAUGAUAAAAGUGAUGAUGAUAAAGAUUAUAAUGGUCAUAAUGACAAUAAUAAUGAUAAAAAUAAAAAUAUAUGUGUCGAAAAUUCUUCUAGAGAAAAUAAAAGUUAUAAAUACACUGAACAUUAUUAUAAUUGUAAAAAUGAAAAUUAUAAGCAUAAUGGUAAUUAUAAUAAUCUUACUGAAAAUCUUAAAUGUGAAAAGGAUAUAUUAGAAGAAAAAAAAAGUACUUUAAAUAUGUGCCACCAAAAUGUUUUAGAUGAAACAUGUGUAGGUAGAACAAAAAAUUUUAUAGAGAAUGGAUCUCCAAAUGAAAAAGGAAGUAAUACUAAAGAAAAUAAUUCUGAAGGAUCAAAAACAAAAAAAGGAAAUAAUAUUUUUGUAAGGAAAGAAAUUAAUAAAAAAAAAAAUGAAUUUAAUAAUUAUAAUGUUAAAAAUGUAUCACUUGUAAAAGUUACAAAUGAAAAUAAUUUAAGUAGUUAUGAAAAAGACAAUUUAUUAAAAAAUGAUAUCUAUGAAAAGUUAAAAACGGAUGUGUUUGGUUCCCUUAAUGAAAAAAAGGAUAUUUUAAAAUUCGAUUUAAAUAGUGAAAAAAACAUUAAUAUAGAAAAUAUUGAUGAUAAAGAUAAAUUUUUAAAACUAAAAAAACUCUACUAUUCAAAUAAAAAUGAGUAUAAUUUACAUCCAUCUAAUUUCAAUAAUUAUAUGAAAAAAUAUUAUAUAAAUUUUGAUAAAGUAUUUUCUUAUAACAAAAAGACAAAAUAUUCAAGUAAACUGAAUUAUUUUAAAGGUGAUAACUUAAACUAUAAAAUAAAAGCAAAACAGAAAAAAUGUGAAAAAAAUAUGGAGAUAAAUGAAAAAAAAGAAUGUUGUGAUAUAAGUUCUUGCAGUUUUAAAAAUGAUAUAAUUAACUUUAAUCGUUCCGCUGAUUUUUUUUAUAUAUAUGAAAAUAAUGAAAAUGAUUUAUUAAGCAACCUAAAACAUAAUUCAAUAGAUGAAAUAAUAAUUCAUGAUAAAUUUAAUGAAAACAUAUCAUUUAAUAAAUACAUAAAUGAUGAUGAAUCUAUUUAUUUUUCUUCCAAUAAAAUUGAUUAUAAAAAUAUUUCUGCUCACAAGAAUAAUUGUAAAAAUAUGAAUUAUUCAAACCGUGAUUAUUAUUAUUGUGGUAUUUUUUAUGAUGAUUACAAAGAUAGUUGUAUUAUAGAUAACAAUAAUACUUAUAAAAAUGAUGACAUUAAUACUAUGAAAAGCAAUAAUAAUUAUAUUAGUAUUAAUAGUGAUUGCGAAAAUUGUAUUUUAAGUACCAUUAGUAAUAACAAAAAUAAAAUAAGAAAUUACAAACAUAAAAAUGAUGGAAUUUUAUCUAAAGUUAAAUCGAAAAAUUUACUUAAAAACUUGAGAGUAGAUAAAAAUUAUUUUAAGUUAUCAAAAAAAAAGAAAAGUAGUAGUGUUAUUUUUAAUAAUUACAAUAAAUUGUAUGAAAAUAAAAGCGUUAAUGAAAAACUAAAGGUAAAGAAGAAAAAUUAUGAUAAUUCUCAAGUUAAAAGUAAUAAAUUAAAAAUUCAAGAAAGUCAAAAUAUAACUAAUAAUGAAACUUCUAAUAAAGAGGAACAAGAAAAUAUAUUAAAUAAUUCAUGUAAUAAAUUUAAUAGUAAUUUUAAUUUAGAAUGUAAAUAUUCUUUUGAAGGAAAUUACAAUUUAGUGAAUUAUGAAAAGCAUUUAAGAAAUAUUAAAGAUGGAAAAAUAUACAAUAAUAUAUUAUUAAAAAUCCCAUCAUUUGAUAAAAAUAGAUGUAAAUUAAGUGGAAAAAAUAAUAAUGAAUUUAAUAGUUCACCAUGUGGCAAUAAAUAUACGAAAUUGAAUGAAAAAAAAGUAGAAGAUAACAGUUUUCCUAAAUAUGCGCUUAAAGAUGAUAACUUUAGAAGUUUAAGUGUAUGUGUGAUUAAUUUAAAAUCAAAAAAUGAUUUCGUAGAUGUUUAUAACAAAGAAAAUAAUAAAAUAAUUCAUGAUAUAAACAAGGAAAAAAAUAUUUAUAUUAAUAAAAAUGAAACGAAUAAUAGGAAUGGUAAUCAUUUGAAUAUUUCUACUAAUGUUGAUAACUAUUCAAAUGAAGAAAAAAUUAAUGAUUGUAAUAAAAAUCAAUUAGAAAAGUUAAUGAGAUUUGAAGAACAUUUAGAUCAAUAUUUUAAAAAAUAUAAUAUAAGUAAAAAUAUCUACUUGAAUAAAUAUUAUUUAUUUAAUCAAAAGAAAGAUGGAAACUUCAUUAUAAAUUAUAAUGAAGAAAACAAGUUAAAUACAAGUAAUUCGGGAAUAUUUUCAAAUACUUUUUCAUAUAUAAGGACAUCAUUUAGCUUAAUUAAUUACUCCAAUAUAAAAAAUUUUAAUUGUUCAUUUAAAAAUGAUAACAUUAAUAAUAUCAUUAAAGAAAGAAAUAUAAAUGAAGAAAUUUAUAACAAAGGAAAACAUAAUUUAAAUUUUGCGUUUGAAAAAUAUAACCAAAGAAAUGCAUCAUAUAGUAAUAACAAAAUAAAAAGGGAUAAUUUUGAAAAUUUAAAACAUACAAAAAUAUACGAUUAUUUAUUCAUUAAUAAUAUACAUAAUAAAAAGAACAUUUUAGAAGAUGAUUUAUCACAAAUUCAACUUACACAAUCUAAAAAAGAUAAUAAUACAGGAAUUACUGAUAACAAAGAAAACAUUCAUAGUAAUAAUGAUAAUGAAACAUAUAACAAAGAUAAUAAUAGCAACAUUAAUGAUAAUAAUCAUUCUAAUUAUCAUGAUUUUCCUAAAAAAUUAGAUGAAAAUAUUGAAAAAAAAUCAUUUUAUUUUAAAUAUAAUGAAGAAUUUGAAAAGGAAAAGGAAAAGGAAAAAGAAAAAGAAAAGGAAAAUGUUCGUUCUAUUUCUUCUAAAAUUUAUACAUUUUCUUAUCCAAAUAAAAACGCGGUUGAGUUAAAAAUAAAUAAAAUUUUACCAAACGUUUGCAAAGUAGGAGAAGACGUAAAAAAUAAAAAUAUAUAUCUAAAAGACACAAACACAAAUAACUCUUAUGAGAAAAGUGACUUUCUUUCAAAUACGAAUUUUAUAAAUAAUGAUUCUCAUAAUGAGAAUAGGAAACAUAAUUCUAAUGAUAAAAUUUGUUACAAUAAUUCUGCUAAUAAAUGCAUAAAGAAUGUUAUAAAUAAUAAUUAUGUUAAAAAAAAAAAUGAUGAUUAUUUAGAAAGUUCUUUUUUUAAUGAAAAAAUAGAAACGGAUAAUAAUCUUUUAACAAAAAAGUUUACAUCAUUAAUUAAAAAAAAAGAAUUUAUAAAUAUUGAUAAAAACAAUUUUAUAAAUAAAGAAUGUAAAAAUGACAAAUUAAAUAUUGAUAAUAAUAUAAACAAUAAAAAAAUAUGUUCUGAUAAAACUCAAUUUUCUUCAAAAAAAAAUAAAGAAUUUUAUGUAACUUCUAAUAUGGUUGUAUUAGAUAAAAAUUGUCAAAAAAACGAUCAAGGGAAAUUAGAGAAAAAUGAAGAUUUAAGAAAUUUCCAAAAUGAAAAUCUUUGUAGUAAUAAUAAAGAUAACCUUUUGCAAGAAAUGAACAAAUUUAUUAAUGAAAAAAGAAAUAAGAGCCCACAUAAUAGCGUGAUGAGUAAAAGAACAAAUAAUGAUAGUAUUUCACAAAAUUUAUUAUUAAAAGAUAAAGGAAAUGUAAUUUUAAAGGUUCAACACAAAUUAUGUAGUAGUAAUCCUAUAUACUCUAAAUUUAAAAAUGUUAAUUUAAUUGAAAAUAAUAAUCUAAAAAAAACAAAUUUUAGUAAUAACUAUAAUAAUGCACAAAAAUGUGUAAAUUUAACAGAAAAAAAUGAGUUAAUUGAUCCUAAUGGAAAUAAAGAAAAUUGUUAUUACAUAAUGAGCACAAACUAUGAUAGUAAAAUAAGUGAUAAUAAUAAAAUAAAUAAAAAGCAUGUGAACAUUAAAAUUAUAAAUGAAAAACAUAACAGCGAUAUAAUAGAAUAUGCAAAUAAAAUGAAUACAUUAAAUGAAUUGAAAUUUGAUAGACAAUUUGAACAGUUAAAUAAAAACAAAAUAACUACAUUAAAAGAGAAAAUAAUGGAUAAUAAAAAGGAAUAUAUAGUAUCAAAUAAUUUUAAUAAUAUAAAAAAUAAUUAUAUUUUUGUAAAUAAUAAUAAUGAUUAUAUCAAAAAAAAUAGUAAUUAUAAUAAUAAAAAUGUUAACGAAUUAGAUAAAAAAAAGAAUACUGAUUCAUUAAGUAUAUAUAGUAAUGAAAAUACUAACAAAAAUGCCAUAUCAAAUAUUUUUUUAAUGAAAAGUACUGUAGGAGAAAAAUUAAAUAGUAAUGAAUAUAAUCAAAAAAAUUUAAAAUUAUCUUAUGAUAUUGAUUUUCCUGAAAAUUUUGAUUAUCUUAAUAAUCUUAUGCUAUGUUCAUUUCCUCAUAAUAAUUAUCAAUUUUUAACAAACAACAUCUUACAAAGAAAAAUAAGUAACUUUCGUAAAUUAAAUUUAAAAAGUUUUAUGGGUAAUAAUAAUUAUUUAACUAAGAAAAUAACAGAAAAUAAUAAAAGUAAUAAAAUAAAAGAUAAUUUAAAAGAUUACUUAAAAUUAAACAAAAGUUCAAUUCAAAUUUUUUCAAAGCCAUAUAUAAAUAAUAGUAAACAUAAACAAAAUUUAAAAAAUUCUAACAUUUCAAUUGAUGAAAUAAAUUUUUCACAACCUAAAUUAAGAUGGAUAAAUAUAUUUAGUAGAAAUGCGAAUAAAUGUGAAUUAAAGAAUAAAUAUAAUAAAUAA